AUACUCCGCUCAGUGGAGGCAGCUGUAACGUAUACAUAACCAGAGACUCACCGUGUGAUCAGGAAUGGAUAUCGUUGAUGCAUUUAUCUGCAAGUAAAGCCAAAGUUAGACUAAAAGGCAAAGGACAGUUUCCGGGCGCCAGGACCUAAAGAGUGGAGUUCAUAUAAGCGGCGGAGCUUUUGUUGAGUGAUCUAAAACAGAGCCAUGGACCUGCUGGACUGCCCGGUGUGUGAUCUGAUCCUGUGUGAACCUGCGACCCUGUCCUGCGGCCACUCGAUUUGUCGCAGAUGCGUCGGGUACCUCCCGUCCAAAUGCCCUUUAUGCAAGGAGAGACUGAAGCAAAGAGAUACACAAAGCACCAAAAACAACGUGUUGUUGAUCGGCGUAGUUGAAAAGUGCUACCCCCAAGAGACGAGGAUGAAGCGCAGCAUUCAGGAGAAGCUUAGAGCCAACGAAUUCACGGAGGUUUUGAGGAUCGCAGGCGAGGCUAUGUAUUUAGCUCCAGAAGAUCUGUCUUUCAAGCUGUACAGAGCAGAAGCACAUUCAGGGCUGAAACGCUACUCGGAUGCUCUCAGUGACCUGAGUGAUCUCUGCUCCCUCCACCCUAAAUGGAUUGAGGCCUUUCUGCUCAAAGGGAAUACACUGCAGGAAAUGGGCCGUCACACUGAAGCUCUGGCCCAGUUUCACCACUGCCUCACGAUCCGGGCUGACUUUAGCCCCGCCAAGAGCCAGAUUAGAAAGAUACUGACAGCAGAGGGGGUGACGGUGCCGGAAGAGCAGCAGCAUAUUCUGCCCUUUCUGUCCGAGUAUCUGAAAGAAGCCGGAGGCUCCCAGGGGUCCCUGAAUUUGGAUGGGGGGCCGGGCGGCCGUGGGCAGCGCACCGACAGGAGAUCCACGGGUCGGGGUUCCAGGGUGAUGGCCGACAGCGGUACAGAGUGCUGUCUUAGCCUCUGCCAAGCUGUCUCUUUCCUGCCAAAGCCUGAUGAGGACGAUGACACCCUGAUGAUGGUGAGGAAGGACGAUGCUCUGGGGAGAGGUUGUCGUGGUAAAGGGCGAGAGAAGAGCUUUUCUGUACUCUCCGUGAGCGACUUUGAGUGUCCUCUGUGCAUCAGGCUGUUCCACGAGCCAGUCACCACCCCCUGCGGCCACACCUUCUGCAAGAACUGUGUGAAGAGGAGUCUGGACCACAACCUCCGCUGUCCUCUGUGCAAGCAGCCCCUGCAAGAGUAUUUUGAGGAGAGGAAGUUCAGCAGCACGGUGCUACUCCAGGACAUCAUGGCGCACCUCUUCCCCUCCCAGCUGGCUGAGAGGAAACGCAUAGACGACGCAGAGCUGGCUGAACUUUCCAACCUCACCAAGGACAUCCCCAUCUUCGUGUGCACGGUGGCCUACCCCGGCGUGCGCUGCCCGCUGCACAUCUUCGAGCCGCGCUACCGGCUGAUGAUGCGCCGCUGCAUGGAGACGGGCACCAAGAAGUUUGGCAUGUGCAGCUAUGACCACAGCAAGGGGUUCGCGGACUACGGCUGCAUCCUGGAGAUCCAUGCCCUGAAGCUGCUCCCUGACGGUCGCUCCUUCGUGGACGCGCUGGGCAUGAGCCGCUUCAGGGUGCUGAAGAGGGGGCAGAGAGAUGGCUACCAGACGGCCGACAUAGAGUACCUGGAGGACAUCAAGGUGGAAGGGCCCGAGCUGGAUCUGCUGCAGGGUAUCCAUGACGACGUGUACCAGGAGGCCCUGACGUGGUACCAGGGCAUCGGCGAACACAUCCGGGAGCGCAUCAACGGGCAGUACGGGGCCAUGCCCGAGAAGGAGGACAACAUCCAGACGUCUUCAGACGGGCCGGCCUGGUGCUGGUGGGUUCUGUCGGUGCUCCAGCUGGACUCUGCCUACCAGACCACCAUCCUGUCCCUUCCCGCCCUCAAAGACCGUCUUGGACACCUGCGCCGCGCACUCGAGUACUUCUCCCAGAGCUAGCUCGGCCCGCCGCCGCAUGGUCGGAGAGCUAUAAGAUGCCAGGUUAAAUAUGCUAAUUUCCUUCUUUUUUUUUAAGCAUUUCUCUUUUGGACAUGCUCACACCGAUACAUUUCGCUACCUAGAGGCACCACAGUUGCAAUGCUGGGCUACAGAUACUUUUAUUUGUGGACUUUCACAUGCAAAAUAACAUGGAUAUAGGGACUUGUUUGUUUACUUGGUGAGUUGAGGUUUAAGAUUAGCUUGAUCAUUUUGUUUAGUUGAGAUAUUAUUAUAUAUACAAAACGCUGCUCUACAUAUAUUUUAAUGUUGGCACAAGACACACUACUUAUUGUUUUUUUCUAAUGGAGCAGCCCAUUUUAGUUUCCCUGAACAAUUAGAUAUUGAUAAAUAGGCCAAAGACAUGUUUGUUUCAUCUGGCAUUCAUGGUGAAAAAGUGGAUGUUGAUGGAUACCAGCUCCAUUUAAUCGAUAGUUUGGGAAUGCCACUAGGGGGCGUUGUUCUAUAAAGCCAUAAUAUGAUGGCAAAUAGACUACGCCCUAUUACACAGUUCUUAUGCAGACCAAUGGCAGAGCAGUAUGAGGGACCCUGCCCUUAUUACCCACCUUCUUUUUCUUUUAACAGUUUGUCAUCAAAUAAAAAACGUUCACAUCCCCUAAUGACAACCUGAUGAAUAAGAUUAUCUAAUGUGCCUGUUGCGAACAUUAAGUGUUUAUAUUUCAUUAUGAUUCACGCUCAGGGCUGGACUGGCCAAUGGGCAUACCGGGAACUUAAACGUAUCAUUUUGUAAAUGUAUUUCGCUGUCCACACGGCCCCUUAACACCAGCCUCACCGUCGCAGCGCAGCCAUGCCGUAGCCUUCCUAGUUCUCCCAUCGGCCCACAGUCGUUUUGGAUGCUGUCUAAAUAAGGCGGACCAGAUCCGUUGCAUUUCGUCCUUAUCAUAACACAUGGAAGGUUGACAGUGGUGUAAGUAGGUCAUUAAACGUAUAAGAAAUAAAUAUUGGUCAAAUUCUACUUUUAUCACAUUUAUGAAUCCAUCACCAGAACAUUUCUAAAAUUUUGUUUUAUUUCGAUCAACAUGAAUCUCCCGAGUCCGAGAGCACAUGCAGUGAUUCAAAUCUUAGUGGCCCAAGGGUCGCCAACUGCAAAGGCAACCCUGUUCUGUGGGACCGUGGCCGGUUCAGGUUCAGGUCCAGUCUGGCUCCAAAAGUCCCAGGGCUAGUGGUGAGUGCUGAUCAUCCACCAGGUCGCUCAUCCCUCUGUUUGGCCAAAAACGGCUUAAUUUCUAUGUUCAUUUUGUUAUGGUCGGGGUGAGGAUUAGUGGUUAUGAAUAUUGGGAACGGCUGUAAAUAAUGUUUUACUUCAAGUACAGAAAUGAAAACAUAAAUGCCUUCAGCUUGCUGUUGCGACCCCAACGGUAGCCCCAAAAAAACCUGCCGCAACUAAAGCCCUCUCCAAGGUUUCCUGGCAGCCCGGGAUAUAAGAUCAUACGUGAGAGGGGUGUGGGUAAUUGCUGGCCAAAAAAAGACAUGCCCUUCAGACAGAUGCUGCCAAAUUUGCCAAACUGUGUGAUAUGUUUUUUGCAAACUUUAGCAAAGUGGGACACGAGUGCUGAAGAACUUAAUCGGGGCAGGAUCCUCCAGGCACAUCAAAAAACAUGUGCAGAGGAAGAAAAAAACAGGCCUGGCAUUUGGCCUGGACUUGUCCACCUUGAGCUGGGCCGGUCUAAGCCAGAUGCCAGGGCUGUUUUUUUUUUUUCUCCUAGUUCAGCCCUUUUCAUGCUAUCCCAUAUAAAUGCCUGAUCCUGAACUGGGUGGAAUGAUUUUUUUAAAGACAACCUUAUAUCAGCCUAUCCGAGGUGAAUCAUGUAAAACCAGUGCAUGUGCUGCAACAGGUUGAAGACAAGGAGAUGGCUAAAUUAUUAUUAUUAUAUGUUCUGAAUUGUAAGGCACUGAAUGAUGUACGUACACCCAAUGUGUACGCAUACGCUUAGUAUGGUUGAUAUUUUAUGUCAACCAAAUCUAGGCUACCAAAUCGAAUCUAAUGACGGCUGAAAGACAUGGAUGGGAGCUUCUUUAGAUUGACAUGCUACUUAUUUGAUUAUUUUCAUUAUUUAUCUUGUAUACGGCUUCUUAAAGCAGUGUGUUAGACAAGCUUUUGACUAGGUUAUAUUAUGGAGUGGUGAACCAACACUGUCUGAAGAAAAACAGUGGGGACUGGCUAACAACUCGUGUUUGAUAACCCAUUUUUCUUUCUUUUUUUACAAUAUAUGUGCCAUAUAUUCCUUAUAUUCACCUAACUAUUUAUAUGAUAUUGUUUAUGAGCAUAAUCAUGUAACAGUGUUCGGUUCAAAGUGUGUGUGUGUGCGUGUGCGUGCGUGCCUGUGUACAUGCAGCUCCAAUUCAAAACAGUAGUCGGAGCUGCAUCGUAAAUACUCAACAUUGGCAAACCUCACUAUUGUCUUAGUUCAAAGCCAACAUCAGAGUUGGCCGAUGGACAUGGUAUUGCUUUUAUUCAUUGAUCAAUGGAGAAGCCAUGGAACGCAUCUUUUAUUUUAAACAAUUACAGCAAAAGCCCUCUUCUAUCAACCGUAUAUAACCACUUGAAUUACUUGUCACGUAACCAUUGGCUGCCAUUGCAAGGAUAUAACCCAAGUCGUAAAAGGGAUUGACGCUCUUACAUAGUCAACACAGGUUCACUUGGGGUCUCCCUUCAAGAGGGGGAACAGGCCUUUGGAGGGUUCAUCUUUGGGCCGAUAAAACGCACAUAUUCUCAUGGCACUGGUGACUUCAAUCCUCCUCCAGAAUAAAAUUUUUGCACAGUGAAAAGCAAUUUUCACGUUACUUUCUUUUUGUACUUGUUCUGUGCUUUGCAAUGGACUUGUCCAUCUGUCACUCACUUAGUUAAAAUCUUUUUGUAAAAAGUAAUUGUAGUCCAGUCCGGUGAAGCAGAGUAAGAGUUUCUUCCACUGAAGUGUCUAGUUUAAUCAAAGAUUAAUUAAAAGUAGAAACAUUUAUGUCCAUUAUUUAAAUUUAAACUUUUUAAUACCUUUCCAAAUACUUACUUUAAAUAAUUUUCCCUCAUGUUCCCAACGUGUAAUGUGAGCCAAGCGAACCCCUAUCGACUUGUGUUACUAAUUUCGAGCUUUCAAACGUCUAUAUAAUAACAUCAAAUUGGUGUGGUGUCAGGUAUGUGAGACUAAUCAAAGGUGCUAAGCAAAAACAUCAAUGUAUUUGGAAUAAAGGCGCAUAAAGUGAAGAAUAGAUUGAGUCCAGCUUGGGAACACAUGUUGGAUUUCUUGUGCAAGUGCUGGCGGUCUGUUGGUUAAGUCAGUUGGACUCCCAACACAUGUCAGUGAACAGGGAGUCAAAGGCAUUCAGACACAACAGGGGGAACCCUUGCAUUUACUAGUCUGUGUGACUGAGCCAUUCUGAGCCACUGAGCUAUGUUCGUCAUAUUUAGCCUUCUUAAGAUGACAAUGAUUAAUAAGGUGGAUAUUUGUGAUUGUUGUUUAUUUGUCAAUUUUGUUGAUGCUUUUUCUUGUAUCUGUUAUCCCUGUACAAUGUCAAAAAUUUGAAUGUA